AUGGUGUGUCUGGAAAACCAGCAUCAGAGCAGUAGCUCGCCACGUGGUCUUGUACAAAACACAGGUACGACCUCUCCCCAACGGCAGCAACAAUAUGGUAAAGGGAGACCUCCUUGUCCUGCGGACAUAGAAGCAAGAUUACAAGAGUACUCUGCAAAUACUCAAAAUUUAGAAUUUCAAUUGUGCAAUAUGGAAAACGACCUCCGAGCCAUACAAGAUGAACUCAGCGCUGUACAGACGGAAAGAGCUCAUUUGGAGCACCACAGAAAAAUGUUUUGCCCCCCGGUUCAUUGUUUUCUUCCUCCUUGCAUGUCACCUACAUGUAUGGCAGGUCCUCCCUGUCAACCGCUUCCUUGUAAAUUCCCACCAUACAUGUUGCCACCACCUUGUACUUGUGCUGCAGAUACUGGUCCAUCUCUAGAGCAGCAAAUGAAAGGACUGAAGGAACAGUACGUUUUACUACAAGAGGACUACAAACUAAAAGUAAAGGAAGUCAGUACUCUGAGAGCAGAAAACCAGAAUCUGAAAGAAGCGGUAGAUAAAGAACGAGCUAACUUAAAAGUCUAUAAAGACAAGAUCAAGAAACAUGAAGAGGAUAUAAGAUCGUUAAUGGGUGAUAGAGGAAAAGGAGCAGGAUUGAAAGAUCGUAUACUUGAACUAGAAAAAGAGCUAGCCGACGCUAAACAAACAUUCAGAGAAGCGCAGGAUGAGCUGGAACAAUUGCGAUCGAAGGUUCAAGAUCAACAGCAACAGAUGGAUGACUAUAGAAAUAGGUAUUUAGAAGCUCAGCAACAAGUUGAAGAGCAACGUAGGCAAAUCGACUUGAUGGAGUUAGAGAAUGUGCGAAUAAGUGAACAGAUCAACAUGGAGAUUCAACGAGUCAAAAAUCAGUUUCAGCGAAAGCUAGAAGAAUUAAUGCCACUACCGGGAAUCCUCAAGGACACGCAGAUGGCGCUGAAAAAGGCACAACAAGAGCAUUUGCUUGCCGAACGGACCAAUGAAUCAGUUGCCGGAGAGUUAACUUUGUACAAGGACAAAUUAGCUGCCCUGGCUAAUCAACUAAAUGAUAACAGAGAUCAGGUAUUGGGACAAACUGAAAAAGACGGGUUGCUACAAAAAAUUGCAGAUCUAGAGAAGGAAAUAGAAGACGCUCGAGAGGAGAGCUAUGAUUUGAGGAGUCAAGUGGGGGAUUUAGGGGAAAAACUUACUUCAUGUCGACUGGAGUCGGACAGCCGAGCACACGAGAUUGUUCAGCUGGAAUCGAACAUAGAAAAUGUCAGGAUAGAAUCUGCUAGACAGGUGGCUAGAACGAAAGACCGUUGCGAGCUUGUUCGCAAAUCCAUGCAAAACCAAAUCAACGAUCUGGAGAGGCAGGUUAUGCACUGCCAGGCUCAAGUUAAGUCGAGCCUGAAAGAUAAGGACGAAAUCAGAGAGAAGAUGCAGGCACAGAUCUGCAGUUUGACCGAAAACUUUGAGGAUGCUACAUUGAGAAUAAGGAACCUUCGAGACCAUGUGGAUAUUCUCAAAAAUACUUACGGUGCUGUGGGUGACCCUUAUCUCAAACCCUUCCCUCCAGAUCCUUGCAGCUGCUGUGCUGAUUCGCGAAUGUGA